AACUGAAGAGAGGCCAACUCCCAAACAAAGAGGCGGCCCAGCUCAGGGCUUCUGGGCGAGGCCAGCCCGGCUGGGAGGAACGGAGCCCGGGAAUCGGAGCGGGGCGAGCCGGGAGGGUGGGCGCUCGGGAAGCGGGGCGGGGCGGGCCGACAGGAAGUGCCCGGGGUGCUGGGCUGGAGCCGGGCCGCCCGCACCCUGACCCUCUGAAGGUGGGAGGGCCCGGAGCGCGGCGGGGGUGCCCAGGCGAGCGCCGCGGCGCCUCGGGAAGCUGUGGGUCCCGUCGCUGCGUGAGGAGCCCCGCUGCGGGAGGCCCGGCCCAGCAACCAUGGCCCAUUACAAGGCCGAGCAGGACGACUGGCUGCUCGUCUACCUGAAGUAUUUACUCUUUGUCUUUAACUUCUUCUUCUGGGUGGGUGGGGCCGCCGUCAUGGCCGUGGGCGUCUGGACCCUGGUGGAGAAGAGCGGCUAUCUCAGCGUCCUGGCGUCCAGCACCUUCGCUGCUUCCGCCUACAUCCUCAUCUUCGCAGGGGCCCUUGUCAUGGUGACGGGCUUCCUGGGCUUCUGCGCCAUCGUCCGGGAGGACAGGAGCUGCCUCUCCACAUACUUCUGCCUGUUGCUGGUGAUCUUCCUCGUGGAGCUGGUGGCAGGGGUCCUGGCCCACAUGUACUACCAGAGGCUCAGUGAUGAACUGAAACAGCACUUGACCCGGACGCUGGCUGAGAACUACAGGCAGCCGGGAGCCGCGGACAUCACAACCUCAGUAGACCGUCUCCAGCAGGAUUUCAAGUGCUGUGGAAGUAACAGCUCCACCGACUGGCAGCACAGCGCAUACAUCCUGUCUCAGGAGGCCGAGGGCCGCCAGGUGCCGGACAGCUGCUGCAAGACGGUGGUGGCCCGCUGUGGGCAGCGGGCCCAUCCCUCCAACAUCUACAAGGUGGAGGGAGGCUGCGUCAGCAAGCUGGAGCAGUUCCUGGCUGACCACCUGCUGCUCAUGGGGGCAGUGGGCAUCGGGGUGGCCUGUCUGCAGCCAGGAAUGAAUCACAUGGUCACUCUCUUCCCCAGAAAAGAUGAAGGAAAAUGCCUGGGGGCCUGGGGGACAACUUGAACUUGUAAGAGACCUGGGAGGAGUGUGAGUGUGGGCUCAGAUCUGCGGGAUGGUUCUCACGUGUUGCUUGCACCGGAGGCUCCAGCUGCAUUUUUACUAACGGCCGACCGCGUUCCCCUCCGACUGCCCCUCACAAGGACAGGUGCCCAAAUCCCAUCUUCCAGGCCUGCAGAGUCAGCACCAGCUCACCUAGAAACUCCCAGAAACUCCCCCUACUCUUCCCAGCCCCUUUGGAUCCACCAAGUGCCCAAGACUAUGGCUCCUGUGAUUCCCACCCAGGCAGGGGGGACCCAUCCUGUGUGGAAACAACAACCAGCACCCCUCACCAGGCCUGGGGAUCCUGUGGACGACAGGAGGGUGAUAAUCAGACCCUCCACUCCCUCCCAGCUCCAGAACCUAGAAUGAAGGUCUGAAAGCCCCCCUGGGAUGCCUGCAUGGGGCACAUGAUCUCCCCACUGGUGCUGAGCACCCCUCUUCUUGUCUCUGCUUGGUGUGUUUUUCUCUACCCACAGGGAGGUGCUUACCGGCGGGGGGAUGGAAGCAGUUAGGGUUGGCUCUGCCCCCAGAAGAUCCAGCCCUUUGAUCUGCCCGCCCCCACACCUCCUCACCUGGGAGUAUCCCGGCAGUCUGGGGUCUGGUUCCUUCCCGCAGGGUCUGGCAGCAGAAAGGCCUGAGGUGAGGCCCCGGAACUGGGGUUGGGCAGCAGCAGGCUGGUGGGGCCACCAGGGUAGGGAGGAAGGCAGGUAAAGUGGCCACACCGGCACAUGCUGCACCAGGACCUUGCAUCCAGCCUAGAAACCUUCCCUGGGAGAGGUACCCCAGAAGACCAUGGCCUGGAGCUCCAGUCUACAGUAAAUGACCCUCAGGGGUCUCCAGUCUAUAGUAAAUGACCCUCAGGCCCCCUCUAGGGCCUGAUUCUCUGGAAUGCCAGGUUUUUUAAAUGAUCUCCAGCCCUUCAUGUCAGUGGGAGUAAAAAUCCUUCCUGAUUAGGCCAAAUCACAGACCCUGCAAAGUUGGAGCCACUGAGAAGGUACAGCUCUGAGUAAAAGGGUGCUGUGCCUGGAACCCCAUUUUUCCUGGGCCCACAAUCCCCAACCACAUAUGGCCACCACCAUUCUGCCUCCAGGAGCCCUCGCUCUGCUUCCCAGAGUGAAUAUAGUGGCUUCUUUUGGUUCUAUCUUGCGUCUCUGAAUCAGGCAGGGAAUUUUCAGGAAGAAUUUUCUCAAAUACUAAGGGAGAACGGAACAGAAAGAAAAUCCUAGAAAAUGCAGAAUAUAGAUGCUGGCAGUUUUCCAAAGAACAGGUGUCAACUUGUAAGACAGCCAUGGAGACGAGACCCUCCCCCUCCAAAUAGCUAUUACAAGUGGGUAACUUGUAACGAGAGAACCCCACACCUGGCUUCCCACCUUCCAGGUGCCGUGCUUCCCGUGCUGGGGACCCUCUUACAUCCCACCAUGAGAGAGUGGCCCCUUGUUGCCAAGAUCAAGGGCAAGAAAGGUCACACCUUACCUCCUAACUCAUUCUAGGCCCCAGUCUGAUGAGCUCAGUUCUUGGUGACCUGGGGAGUCCUGGGUGAAGGGUGUUCUCCCUCCCAUACACAGCUCACUGCUGUCCCUAAACACAGCCCUCAACUGUACAGAAACCGUACUUGCCCAGAACAGGGAUUCCCCACAUGCACAGAGGGAAGACCAGGUUCCGGGGGCAGAUUGCCUCCCCUAUCCUGGGGAAUCUUCUUGUGGCUUCUUUCCUCCACCCUCAGGGUCCUGGGGCUGCUGAUACAAGUUCAUUAACAGGAUACCAACUUUCCAGCAAUCCCAGACUGCACCAAGGCUGGAAGAAAUUGCGCUGUGACUAGCUUUGCUGCCCUCCAGCUUCCUGGGACUCGUGCGGACAGUUGAAAAAUGACUCCCAAGCUGUGUGCAGCUGGGCGCAGGCUGCCAGGUGUUACCAAGUGAGGGCUGAGAGAGAGAGAGUUCCUCCUGAGCAGGCAGCGAUGCCCAGGGAGGUGCUGUGUCCUGUGGGACAUGUCAGCCCCUGGCGGAGUCCCUGCACUCUUUACUGAGGUCAGCUGGGCUUGUGGAGACGGGGACAGGGGGAUGGGCGGGAUCGCUUGCACACCUUGUUGUCUGUCCCUGCCCCCCGAGGUGGGUUAGGCUGUCCUAGGCUAAGGGCAGGUGAUUCCACCCUGGGCACCUGCCCACCCAGAGGGUAGCUGGAGGAUGGAAGGACCAAGCUACAGAGAGAGAAUGACCCAGAGCUUUGGGGAAUGGUGACCAGCUAGCUCAUGCUCACAGCUUGGGAGGGGUGAGGGUUAGAGGGAACUGAGGCCCAGGAUGUGACAGGCUCCCUGCUCAGGGCAUACAAAGGGCUGGGGUCUGGAGCCAAGGAUGCCGUCCCCAGUGAGGUGUGCCCACCACACCUGAAAGGACGCAGAUCUGCACCCAGGAUGACUGCCCCCAGGGCCCUGCUUAGAGACAGAGAGAGAGUGAGCCAUGACUGUUGAAAGCUGUCCUCAGUCCUGUGUGAGCAAAAGGCCCCUACACACUGGGACCCAGAAAAGAAGCCAGCAUUUUGUAAAGGUCAGAACAUGGCAGAUGCUGGGAUGCACACAACCUGAGUCCCCACAACCUCGGCCUUCCCUCCCGCAGCACGCAAGGGUAGACAACCCCAGAGCAUGGCAUGUCCCCCACUCUCCGGAUGACCUGUGUUGGGGGAGGCAAGAAUGAAACUCAGUGUUUGGUGAGGA